GCUAUCCAUCACUUGGAUUAAACCCAGUUACCUCCCAUUUCCCAGGUAUUGCAUGACCCUUACGGUUUUACCGCUUCUCCACACACAAUAUGUACUAGCGAAGAAGGGGAAGAUGGCUGGUGUGUGUAUAUAUACAUUUUGGCUGUGAUGCCAGACUGGCAGACUCGUCCCACUCACGGCUGUACUCUCGCCUCACCAACACAACUUGUAACAUGGGUGACGUGGAGAAGGGAAAGAAGGUAUUUGUGCAGCGGUGUGCCCAGUGCCACACUGUGGAGGCUGGUGGCAAGCACAAAACAGGACCCAACCUCAAUGGUCUUAUUGGUCGCCAGACAGGACAGGCUCCUGGCUAUGUUUACACUGAUGCCAACAAGGCCAAGGGUAUCACAUGGGACCAAGAGAACUUAGAUGUCUACCUCACCAAUCCCAAGAAGUUCAUCCCAGGGACCAAGAUGGUAUUUGCCGGUCUUAAAAAGAAGAACGAGCGUGCUGACCUGAUUGCCUACCUAGAGGCUUCUACCAAGUAGAGGAAUGUCUUGGAUCUCAUUACUAAUGACUUCAUUCACAUAACCUACAACCAGGUGCCACUGUCUAUCGGGCCUCCAGCUGAAACAGGGCAUAGUAGACUUAAGGCCUGCCAUGCAGGGUAGGAGUCAGUGAUAUGAGGGUGAGGACAAUCAGCCCUCAAGCAUUUCAUAUGUAUAAAUCAUGUUAAUCAUCCUGUUAUCACCACCCAUCUAGAUGGGCUCUUGAAUUCACUUAAUUAAAAAUAUAUUUAGUUC